AUGCUCCUCCUCGGCCUGACGGGCAGUAUCGCCACGGGCAAAUCCACUGUCUCCUCCAUCCUCUCCUCCCCACCCUACUCACUCCCCGUCGUCGAUGCGGACAAGAUCGCGCGUCAGGUCGUCGAGCCCGGCACAGCAGGCUACAACAAGAUCGUCUCACACUUUGGCCCUUCAACACCAGACCUGCUAGUAGAGCCUUCACCAGAAAACGGCGGCGAGCACGGUCACAAUGGCAAGGGGAGACCUCUCAACCGUCCUGCGCUGGGAAGGAGGGUCUUCGGCGAAGGGCUGGAGAGCGACCGCAAGGCGUUGAAUGGGAUCGUACACCCUGCUGUGAGGCAAGAAAUGUACAGACAAAUGCUCAUGGCAUAUCUACGCGGCAACUGGGCGGUCGUGCUGGAUGUUCCGCUGCUAUUUGAGAGCGGCUGGGAGCCAAUGUGUGGUACGAUUAUGGUGGUUGCGGUGAAGGAUCCGAAGGUGCAGAUGCAGAGGCUACGGGCACGAGACGAUCAUCUGACGGAAGAAGAUGCGAAGAAUCGUGUAGCGGCGCAGUGGGACGUGAGGGACAAGGCAGAGAAGUGUCUGGGAAGGGGUGAGAAGGCGGGUGUGGUGGUGUGGAAUGAUGGCGGCAAGGAGGAGUUGAGAAGGGAAGUGGACAGGGUCAUGGCGGUGGUGAGGAAGGGGAGUCCGAGCUGGUGGUCGUGGAUGCUACUGUUUUGUCCGCCACUGGGUGCGCUGAGCGGAACGAUCAGUUACAUACGGAUGUGGUACAUCAAGCGGCGGUGGGAGAGGGAGCACAAGAUGGAGAAGGCGAAGUUAUGA